CGUCAAAUUUGUGACAAAAAAAACUUUUUUUUACAAAAUAGUGAUAAAAAAAAAUAUAUAAAAAUGCCUGGAAUAAACAAUUUAAAGGAGUUAAUUAGACAAACCUUCGAUGAAACCCAAGCUAAGAAAACUUGUCACAAAAAACACGUUGAAAGACUAACCAAAAUAUUAAACAACACUUUCAUAAAAUUUGUACAACUCGCAACAUGUGCAGGGGAAACAAAUCCUCAUGCAGAAAAUUUUUUAGACUUUACCGUAAAAUUUUCAAUGAGCCUCCCUCCUCAUGAAAACCUUGACGAGUCUCAGACAGAGGAUGAAGACGACGAUUCCGUAUCGCUCUCAACCUUCGCGUUAAAAAUCUUCAAUUAUUGCCAAGAAAAACACGAAGCACAAGACAAGACAGUAAGAAUGCGAAUUUGCCAAUUGAUAAAUAAAAUGUUAAGGUCGAUGCCCGACAACGCGAUAGUAGACGAUCUACUAUUUGAAAGUCUCCAAAAAGUUUUGAUCUCACGUUCCAUCGACAAAGCUCCCAAAGUCCGAGCCCAAGCCAUGGCUGCGCUAGGACGUCUCCAGGAGCCAGAUAAUCCCGACUGUAAAGUCAAACAAUUGUAUUUUUGCCAUCUCAGAAGCGACCCUUGUGCUGAAGUUCGUAAAAUAAUUAUUGAGAAUCUAAGCGCAAACCGUGACAGCAUAAAAGAAGUUAGCUACAGAAUUAACGACGUUCAAGAAUCUGUCCGCAAAGCUGCUUAUUUAUUCAUCAGUAAAAUUAGGAUAGACACUUUUACUAUAAAACAGCGUGUAAGAUUCUUUAAAGAGGGGCUAAAUGAUCCGUCUAAAAAAAUCCAAGACGUAGUCCGCAAUAAAUUGUUAAAAACUUGGUGCGAGUAUUUUGACAACGAAUAUUUAAGAUUUUUAACAGCUCUAGACCCUCAAACCUUUCAAAAAACUUCAGUACAAGUUUUAAACCUCAUAUUCGAGCAAUCAGAGCGCGAUAAAUUGAUCCAACAGCUUCCACUGGAGCUGGAGAGUAAGUUAAUUCCAGUAAACGCACUGACGAGCGAGAAUGUUUUGUACUGGCGAUGUUUAAUAGAAUAUCUUUGCAAAGAAUCUUGUGAAGAAAAGCUGGAAGAGUGUCGCCCGGAGCUCACGCAUUUUUGUCAGUAUAUUCACGAAUAUCAAGCGAUGAUGGCUAGCAAAAGCUUCACACCUCUAGAAGUAGCCACGCAGGAAUUUAUUCUGUCCCAGCUGUACAAUAUCGCGAAGAGUUACGACCUGAGUGACGAAGUAGGACGCAGGAACCUGGACAAGCUUAUCUGUGAGACUUUGCAGAGCGAGAAGUGUUCUGUUGCAAUCACAGAAUUGAUUACUCUCUACUACGAGAAGGUCGAGCAAGACGUCGACAGGCGGUUGGAGAAUCUAGCGCAUAUUAUCAGUGAAAUUCGGAUGCCUACUACUAAGUCCAGUGUGGAAGUAGAAGAGAUCACUGAUAGUCAGCAGCACGAGCGGAAAAUGCUUCAAGCGAAAAAGCAGAUUAAUUUGCGCCUUCUUGAAGAGCAGCUGUACUGCAAGACAGAAGAGCGAGAUUUUAUUGGGGCUCAGAAAUUAAAGGAGAAGAUUGAUGAAUUGACGGAGGAAAUAAAACACCUGGCUGAGUCUGUAAACCCAGUUGCGGUGAUGGAGGUUGAGAAUUAUGAAGAGAAAAAUGACCCUGAGACUAUGUUAAGGUGCUUAACAAUUGCUUGUUGUAUGGCUCAAGUUACUUCUGUAAGAACUCUGAACUCGGUGCUUAGGAGUCUUUAUGAUAAUUUGGUCUUUCCUAGUUUAACACAUCAAAAUCGGAAUGUUCAUAUACUGACGCUUAAAGCAGUUGGUAUUUUUUCAAUGCUGGAUGAGAAGCUUGCUAAGGAACGGUUUUGGCAUUACCUUAUGUACUUUACUGAGGAGGAAAACAGCACUGAUUUAUGGAUCAUUUCUUUGAAGGUUGUUUUUGAUUUACUGCUCCGUUACGGUCUUGAGACUUUUAACAUCUCUAAUGAAGUCGACAGCACAGUUAAUAUUACGGGUAAUAAUACUCAAAGAAGCAGAAAAAGUGGCUCGUCACAUCGCUUGUACAGCAAUACUUCCGCGAGCUUAAUUGCUGAGAGUCUGGUGUCUGAUAUAUCUGAAAAUUCUGAGAAAAAUUUGAUAACUAUCAUGACGGCUUUGUGCGAUAAUAGCGAUGAAAGCAUUCGCACCAUUGCUACGGAAGGUCUAUCGAAGUUGCUGCUGCAUCAAAGAUUGUCUAGUGUGAAUUUGGUGGUAAGAUUCUUGAUUAUGUUGUUCAAUCCUGCGAAUGAAGGGUCCACGGAGCUUAAUGGUACCCUCAAGACUUUCUUCAAGUACUAUCCUACUGUGGUGCCGAAUAGUCAGGAAGUAUUGGAACGGGCUUUCAUGCCUACUCUAAGGAUGAUAUGCAGAGCACCUAAUGGGAGCCCUCUUAUGGCCAUCGAGCUUGAAAAUGUUGCGGCUUUUAUUUUGCAGCUGACAGAUUGCACGCUUGUAAAAUCGAGGUCUGAUUAUACGGUUCAUAAUAAUUUAGCUGUUGUUAUUCUUGCUGCGGCUCUUAAUGAUGAUGAGGAAAUUGACCGCAGUGUUCUGCUCAAGUGCUUGAAGUAUCUUAAUCUACAACCUCACGAGAGAAAUCUCAGAAUUUGUAUAAGUCAAUUUAAAAAGAAAAUAGAAGGAGUACCUGAACAAGAAGUUGAUAAACAAGACGGAGCCGAGGGUGAAGGCGAAACUGAAGGAACUGAGGAUGAACAGGACCAAGAGCAAGAGCAGGAUCACCUGGACAUUCAAGAUGAUUAA